AUGGCUGGUGGAUCACUAAAACAAGCAGCUGAAUCAGCUCGAAACAAGACCACAGAAGUAAUGGGUGCUGCCAGAGCGGACGGAGCCGCUGUCGCUCACGACCUUCUUCACACUCCAUGGGUAAGGGCAGCUUUACCCUUCGUCAAUGGAGGCAUUAGCGGCAUGGUUGCAACCACCGUCAUCCAACCUGUAGACAUGAUCAAGGUUCGAAUUCAACUCGCUGGCGAAGGCACUUCAGGUGGUCCCAAGGCCACUCCUAUUUCCGUCGCUCGACAGAUUGUUGCUAGCGGCAAGGUCCUUGACCUUUACACUGGUCUCUCUGCUGGCCUGCUGCGACAGGCUGUGUACACAACGGCCCGCUUGGGCUUCUUCGACACCUUUAUGGGCUCUCUGGCCACUCGAGCCAAGAGCCAGGGUCGGGAGAUCGGAUUCGGUGACAGAGCUACUGCUGGUCUGGCUGCCGGAGGUCUGGCUGCUAUGUUUGGCAACCCUGCGGAUCUGGCUCUGAUUCGAAUGCAGAGUGAUGGUUUGAAACCCCUGGCUGAGAGAAAGAACUAUAAGUCUGUCAUUGACGCUCUGUCUUCAAUCGCCAAGAGUGAGGGCGUUGGAGCAUUGUGGGCUGGCGCAGCACCAACGGUUGUUCGUGCUAUGGCUCUCAACUUUGGACAACUUGCCUUCUUUAGCGAGGCCAAGGUUCAACUGAAGAAGAAUACCGAUCUCUCAGCGCGAGCUCAAACCCUCAGUGCUAGUGCCAUUGCAGGCUUCUUCGCCAGUUUCUUCAGUUUGCCAUUCGACUUCGUCAAGACCAGACUGCAGAAGCAACAAAAGGGACCCGAUGGGAAGCUUCCUUACAAGGGAAUGGCUGACUGCUUUACUAAGGUGGCUAAGCAGGAAGGUUUGUUGAGAUUCUAUCGUGGCUUCGGUACAUACUAUGUCCGCAUUGCUCCUCAUGCGAUGGUGACGCUAAUCGUUGCCGAUUACCUCGGAUGGUUGACGAAAUAA